UGUGCAUUAUGGGCUUGUAAGCGGGGGACUUCUGCUGACGCCAUCACAGAAUUAUCACCAAUGAACAGCUGAUAUUCUAGCAAAUCCUGCAGUACAUGUUGUUGUUGUCCCCAACCAUUGACCUGUUCAAUGUUGCAUAUGCGCAAGCUUCGCAAUUAUUGGUGUUUGGCGUUGCCUUUACAUACAUUGCAAGUCGGGAGAGGCCCGGAUGUCUAAGGUUCCAUGACCUUAUGCGGAUAUAAUUGGCAGAGUUGCUCUAACCAGGCUGUCUUGUAUCCACCCCUGGUCACAUAAACAUAGCGACAUGACCAGACAGCAUAUGCAUAUAAAUACGGUACUGCUCGCUCGUGGGGUGACCUUAACAUUUUUGUACAACGUAAACUGAAGGCAAAUCAUCACUAUGCAGUCAUCGAAAGACUCCUCCCAGUUUCAUCAUGUCUUGAUUACUGGCAUUACAGGGUACAUUGGAUUCAAAACUCUUUUGCUUGCCCUAGAGAAAGGAUAUCGCGUCCGGGGCGCUGUUCGUAAUAGUCGUAAUAUUUCGGAGCUUCUGAGUAAGAGCCCAUUCCUAAGACAAGGUCAAGAGCAAGGUCAAUUAGACUUUGCCGUGAUUCCAGACUUCUUCAAUCUCGAGUCUUGGGUCAAAGAACUUGACUCGAUAAGAACUGUCAUACACUUGGCUUCGCCACUGGCGAUUGAAUGCGAUGAUUACGAAACUGGCAUCAUUGAACCAGCAAUUUCCAUGGUUACAACGGUUCUAGAAGCUGCAGCGCGAGCAUCAACGGUCAAAAGAGUCAUAAUUACUUCUUCAUGUGUCACAUUGGUGCCAUUCGAAUGGAACAUGAAUCCUGAUACUGAGAGAAUUUACACAGCUGCGGACAGUAAUAGAAACCCGACCCGUCCAUUUGGAAGUGCUAUGGAAGCCUACUGGGCAUCUAAAGCCUUGGCAAGAAAAGCUACACGGACAUUCGUGGAUGAAAGAAAACCGGGCUUUGAUUUUAUCAAUCUUCUGCCGUCCGUGGUCAUCGGCCCCGAUGAUCGUAUUCAAUCGGAUGGUGGCGUAGCACCGCUGCUCAAAGGCACGCGCGCUGCAGUCCUUGCACCGGCACUGGACGCUUCCACGAAUUCCUCGUUCCCCUACCCAGGGGCACCAGUACACGUAGCCGAUGUCGCAAAGGCCCACGUCGACGCGAUUGAUGCAGAUCGGAUUCCUGGAAAUUCCGAAUUCAUACUUAGUUCAGAUACCCCUGAUGGCAUUGAGUGGGACCGCGACAUCAAGUAUGUCGCACAGGAAUUCUUUCCAGACGAAGUAGUGGACGGGAGUUUACCUAUGAAGGGGUCUCUACCAACGAUAAGGUGGAGGCUUGAUGGGCAAACAACAGAGGUUGCCUUUGGCUGGAAAUUUCGCAGUUUCAUGGACACUAUGCACGACCUCAUCGUGCAAUAUUUGCAUCUGAAGGUUAACACGCCAAGUCUGUAGCAUAUACUCAAAGUCGUACCUAGAUAGUCCAGUGGGUGAACCAGUAAUGUAUUACUGUAAUUGAG